GCAAUUAUUAUUAUAAUGUCUAAUUAUUGUGUCAGAUUUUAAUAACGAUUUUUUUGAUUUAAAAUGGAUGAACCUUGUGUAAUCGAAUCCGGAUAUUUUCCGGCCAACAAAGAAACUUAUCGAGGCGAUCUAAACUAUUCUUAUCAACGCACGGGAAAUGGGGAACAAAUUUGGCAAUGUAAAUCGUUUGAGCGAUAUCAAGGCGAUUUUUUUCAAGAUAGUUUACACGGUUAUGGUAGUUACACUUGGUUGCAACAGGACAAAAAGGAUUUUUUAGUCGAAGGUACAUUUUAUGGGAAUUUCAUUCACGGUUAUGCAACUAUAGCUUACGCAAAUAAAACAUAUUUCGAGGGAUUAAUCAAAAAAAAUAAACGAUUCGGACCCGGAGUUUUAACUUAUUUAGAUGGGACGCAAGAUGUGGGGUUAUGGAAUGGGAAUCAACUCUCCAGGAUUUGUUACACCAUUUUCCCCGAGCAUUUACCCAAAUUAGCUUAUUCCCCUUUGGGAAAAAUGAAAUUAUUAAAAUACAAAAAAUUAAUCCCUCUUUGCAACAAACAAAAAGAUCCCGCAGAAGAAAUUAUGAAAAAAUUGGGGGCCCCAAAACAAAUUUUUGAGUUAUCUCCUCAACUUUAUAACCCUUAUGUAAGAAAUAUAGAUAGUUUAUUAUUCGAUAAGAAACUCCACGACGCACAAAUUUACGAAGAAAACGAUUGUUUAAUCGACGUCCCGGCGAGUACUUCAGAUUUCCUCGAUUUAACGUUAAAAAAUAAAAAAAUUAAAGAUAAUUUAUCCCAAGUUUUCGAUUACUUGGUCGAAAACAAAAACGUCUUGAACAAAAUCCCCAAAAAUAAUCGAUUAAAUUACAUCGAAUCAAAAAUAAUCGAUGAAAAAUCCGAUUUAAUCGAAGACAUCAAUUUUAACUUAAUCAAAGAUCUCCUCGAUGUCUUCUUCGAGGAAUUAGAUGACCUUUUAGGUUACGAAUCCGGUGAGCGCAAUUUAAUGUUUAUCAAACAGGACAUUUUAAAACAACUCCCCAAAAAUAAAAACGAUGAUGUCCCAUUAAAAAAAGUUUUAGCAACCGACGUUUUAGCAUGGAACGAUUCCUCAGAAUCGAUCGACAUGUUAAAAUUCGCCUUCUUUAACAUUAAGCUAGAAAAAAAUGUCUCAUUUAACGUUCGAAAUUUAUUAAUCGGGAAUCGCUCAACGUUCUCAUCCCCCGGCGAUUACGAAUCGUGUUGUAUUCGAUUCCUCGAAGAAUCAUCGAUCGGAAAUGAUCGAUUAGCGUCGAAUUUAUUAAUGGAAAAAAAUGUUAACCCCGACGUUUGCGAUUCGAAAGGAAACGUAGCCGUUAUAUUUGCCGCCGCUAAAGAUAGAUGGCGGGUUAUAAAAAUGUUGUGUAAUUUCGGGGCCGAUUUAGAUAAAUUAAACGAUGAUGGAUUAUCCGCUUUAUCGAUGUGCAUCUUGAGAUAUAUCGCGUUUAAGAAAGAUAUAACCGAUUGGGAACGGGCGUUUUUAAAUGAUUCGGAAAAUGAUAAUAAUAAAAAGAAUAAAGGUGAAAAAGAGAAAAAUAAAAAAAUUAAAAUUAAAAACGAUGAUUCAAAAAAUGAUGAUUUAGAAGAUAAAAUUUUACAAUGGAGAGCGAAAAGUUCUUUGGUUGAUUUAAAAGCGACGUCGAUGACGUUAACUUUAGACGGGAUGAUUAACGAGGAAGAUUUGGCGAUUAAAAAUAGUAUAAUGGAAAGGGAGAGUUUAAUGGACGAUCUAAGUUUGAGGUCGAAUGAAAAAAAAAUUAUGGGGAUUUAUUACGAUGAUAUUAAAGGAUACAAUGUUAAUGUUGAUUAUCAAAAUUUUCAAGGUGAAUACGAAGUGACACCGGAUGAAAAACAAAAAUAUUUGUUUAAAUCGGAAAUUAUUAUACCGAAAGUAAAAAAAAGUAAAAAAGAAGGAAUAGGUAAAAAAUCUAAGAGUUCGAAAAGCUCGAAAAGUUCGAAAACUUCGAAAUCUUCUAAAUCAAGUAAAUCUAGUAAAACUGGUAAAUCAAGUAAGAAAAGUAAAUCGAAAAAAUCUUCAUCAGAAUUAGGAGAAAAGAAAAUAAAAAUCGACCCAAAAGAAAUAAUAAAACAAGAAUGUUCAAACAUAAUUUUAACAACGAUAAAAAUACUUUUACAACUUGGUUGCGAUCCAAAUCAUUGUAAAGUCCCACUUCCUUCGUUAUUGACAUCGAUUUACUGUGGGUGCGAUGAAAUCGUCGAUCUUUUACUUCAAUUUAACGCAGAUCCAAACAUUGUAUCCCCCAUCGACGGAUUAACACCUUUACUGGUAUUAUGUUGCCUACCAUUUUCAACAUCCAACGCCGAUAUGUUAGAUAAGCUCUUAAAAUCAAACGCAGAUCCUUACCAAAAAGCAUCCCCAAAUCAUUGGGGUGCAGAAAAAACGAAAUUAUUAGGAAAAAAUCGACCAGAAUCAUCCGAAAUAAUCGACGAGGGAAAAAACGCUUUGCAUAUUUUAUCGAUGCAUUACGAUUUCGAAUCGGAUUUAGAUAACAAUCAAUUAAGAAUGAUUACGAGUUUGACGAGUUAUGCGGAGGAUUUAAACAAGGAGAAGUAUCUUGAGCACACUCCGUUUUCGAUCGCGAUUUUAAGAGGAAAUUUGAAGCUUGUUAAUUGGUAUGUUGAGACGAAAUCGGUGGAGCCUUACGCUAUUUUUGGGGAAAACAUGGGGACGGCUUUGACUAUCUUAACUUUGAAGAGAUAUAACUCGAUUGUACGGAUUGAUAUGGCCGAAGAUGUUUACGAUUGCUUGAUUGGACUUAAUUUUAAUACUUUGGUGGAUAUUGGGGAUAGUGGCAAUGUGAUUGAGUUUAUUGAUGAGGAGUAUAAGGUAGUUGCUGAUAAGAAGGGGAAGAAGAAUAAAAAGGGGAAAAAUAAGUCGACAAAGGGAAAAAAGAAGAAUUUAAUCGAUGAUUUGGGUAAAUAUCUAGUUGAGAAAACGAGGAAUGUUUUGCAAAGACAUAUUUUGGCGAAGGCUUUUCAUUAUUUGCGAACCUUUAUCACAUUAUCAACGGAUCCUUCAGCGGAAAUAAUUAAAACUUUGAUUAAAUUUUUCGAUUUUAAGACGAUCCAACAAUUUCUGCAGAUACUCAUCGAUCGGGGAAUUAUCCAAUAUAACAAACUAAACGUGGUGGUUGUUUACAAAUUAUUAAACUUAAUGAACGACCUUUUAAAGAAGAAAGAUAAGCACAUCUUAAUCGGGGAUGUAUUUAACGGGCUCGAUUGGAAAAUGAAGCCGAUCGAUCGCCUUCCAGAACUUAUUGAGCCAGAGAUCGAUACAAAAGAAGAAAUUUACAAAGUUUGUUUUUAUUGCUGCAAAAAAAUCGAUAAGUUAUUAAUAGUCUGCCCAACUUGCGGCUUGGUUUACUUCUGCUCAAAAGAAUGCAACAAAAAGAGCAUCAAACACCCCUCAAUCCAUAACUGCAAAUACUUAUUUUACGAAAAAGAACUAAAAAGAAUGAAGGAAUGCUCAAAAUUAGGCAUCCCAUACAAAGAAUCAAAUCAACUCGAAGACGCGUUGUCGGAAGCCACAAAAUCCCUGUUCGAAGCAUUAGAAAAAAAAUUCGGAAAAGACAAAGCCUCAAAACUAUUAGAAGCCGCAAUGGCUGGGGGUGAAUUAGACAUCGAUAAAUUAAUGGACUCUUGCGAAUACAUCGAAAACUUAAUCGAAGAUAAAUUAGGAAUCUUAAACGCAGACGUUGAUCAACUCAAAGAAAGUCUUGGAGAAACCAUGCCGACUACUCAUCCAAUUUUAAAGGAUAAAUCUGGAAACGCAUCUGAUUUGGACUCACAAGGAAAAAAGGGGAAGAAAAAAAAAGGGGAUGAUGAUGAUGAUGAAGAUGGAAAGAAAGGGGGGAAAAAUAAAAAAAAGGGAAAAGACUCAAAAACAUCGAAAGAUGAACAGUUUGAUUCGAAAUUAGCCACAACUAAUUUAGACGAUGAUAAAAGUCAGAUGAAAAAGCCGUGUUAUUGUGAACCUUGCAUUAAAUACGUUGGUAAAAAGAAUCUUGAUGUUAAAACGAUCCCAAUUCAAUGCCAAUUCUUAUUGGAACAACUCGCCACAUUAUUUCCCGAUUUUGAUUUUACCGGGGCUAUGUGGCCCUUCGUCGUUUAUUGCGACGGACAGUUAUAUUAUAGGUUUAAAGAUAAAAAAUCGUUAUUUUUAGAAACGAUCAACACCAACUCAAACCUUUAA